AUAAAGGAAGGUAGUUUUGUGAUGGGUAUCUAGUGAAUCUCUAUUAUAGCAGCUUUUGCGUGGCAUAACCGUGUCAUACUUUCAUGAUUUGUCGCAAUGGUCAAUGUGCCCGAUAGCUACUGUAAACAUGUCGACGAAUAUUAAACAACCCGAUAUCACCAUCUUUCGUGGCUGGAAAGAAUUCGGCAAGCAUGUAUGGUCGCCCUAUGUGGUCAAACUGGAAGCUCGUCUGCGGUUCGCGGACGUGCGAUACAGCGUAGACGUAGGUUCUCCUAAGACAGCCCCCAAGGGUAAGAUUCCAUAUGUGGAAUGCAGCAAUCUUCCAGGUACGGCAGAGGACGCGCAAGGAGACACAUUGCAGUUGAGCGAUUCGACGCUCAUCAUCAAGACAUUAACAGAAGUGGACGUGAUCCCCGACAUCAAUGCGGAGCUGUCCCCGGUCGAUCGCGCCAAUGAUCUGGCGCUGCGUGCGCUACUAGAGGAUAAGUUGUACUUCUAUCAUACAUGGGAACGCUGGAUUUUGAACUAUUACACCAUGCGCGACCACGUCUUUCAAGCCCUGCCAUAUCCCGUACGGAUCUUCGUGGGCAUGAUGGUGUACCGCGGCACAGUCGCCACGCUUCACGGACAGGGCACAGGACGAUACAGCGCAGAAGAGAUUGCGGGAUUCAGGCUUGAAAUCUGGGACGCUGUUAAUAGUCUACUUGUCGAUUCCAAAUCAAAAUCUGUCAAUGAUUCAUCCUCUCAAGAACCGUUCUGGGUUCUUGGACGAAGGCAGCCUACCGAGGCAGACGCGACUUUGUUCGGGUUCAUUGUUUCGGUACUAAUAAGCACUGCUGGGCCAGAUUCAAAAAAGGUGGUGAGGGGUUUCCCGGCAAUUCUUGAUUAUGCGCAGAGAAUACAGGUUCGCUACUUCCAGGAAUACGAAAGCUGGUAAUAAUGGCAAAGUUCUCAAGAGUCGAGCGAGCAAUAAUAAAACUCAGCCCUUUUGAUCAAUGUAUUAUCGCUGACCAACUCGCCAAUGCUGAUAACCCGGAAACCAUUCGUCCCAACGACUAACGCCCAUUGGCCGAUAUUUAAUCAUAGCAUUACAGGAUAUAAUUCAGGAGUCCAGGCGCAGGUGGGGCGGUCUCCAGGGC